UUAGGUUACAGGGAUUCUCUUUCAUGCUUUCUCUCUCUCUAUCUCCAUUCUCUUCUCCGCUUGUUCGAGCUAAUACAGAGAGAAUCGCCUGAUAAAAAAAUCCACUUUGUCUGCGACCCGAAAUUCAAGGAAGCCUCUUUUCCUUUUUUAAGCUUUUUCUUCACCGAUAGAAUCUCCGUUCUCUCAGUAGUGAUUACAGCUCGGCUCCUUCCAGUUUUUGUCUGGAAGCGGGCUCCAUUGAUUCAGCUUCGACCUUCGCUUUGUACCUCGUUUGGUCACCGCCGGGACGGAAUCUGGAGUGGGUUCAAAGUUACUCUUAUGCGAUUGUUCUGGAUAAUUUGAUGCCGCAGGAUCACGCAUCGUGGGAUCGGAAGGAGCUCUUGAGGCAGAGGAAGCACGAGAGGCCUGAAGCAUCUUUCGAUUCGGCUUUUAGAUGGAGGGAUUCGCCUACAAAUCCUUCUUCUCACCAUGUUCCCCGCGAGUUUUCACGCUGGGGAUCUGGAGACUUCCGCAGACCUUCUUGUCAUGGUAAGCAGGGUGGACGGCACCAGUUUGUGGAGGAGACUAGUCAUGGAUACACAUCUUCUCGGUCCAGUGCCCGGAUGUUUGAUAAUGACUACUAUAGACCAUCAGCACCACGUGGAGACUGGAGAUAUACCAGGAAUUGCAGGGAUGAUAGAGUUUCUUUUAGCCAGAAGGACUGGAAAUGCAAUACAUGGGAGAUGAGCAACGGAUCUUCUAGAGGUUUUGAGAGGCCAUGUGGUAUUAGAAAUGGUCGGAGGUCAGUUGAUGAAAGGCCACCACAUGCUUCAGAUACUCAUACUAAUGUUGUAAACUCUUGGGAUCCAGCCAACUCCACUCCUCACCCGGACAUUGAGCUCUGUACCCCAUUACGGACACUUAAAUUCAAAAACGAGCUUAAAUUUUCAGAUCAGAGGCUAUCACUUCCUUCAGAUCCCCUUUCUGACUGUGUUAGCUCGUUUGAACGGCCUUCUUCGGAGAACAAUUAUGGUAAUAAGGCCUAUUCUCCAGCAAAGCAAUGCAAUGAUUUGGUGCAUGCUCGAAGGUUAGCUAAUGAUAAUUCAUUAGAUCCUCCAACCCUCAAUGCAGAGCUAGAGGGGACUUGGGAACAGCUUCACCUGAAAGACCCGCAAGCUAAUAGGUCACAUGGAAGUGAUUUAGACGGUGCCAGGAAAUGUGAUAAGGAGAGUUCUCUGGGAGCAAUUGGGAAACUUCCAGCAUGGACCGGUUCUGGGAGUUUUGCAUCUCAAAGUUCAAGUUUUAGUCACUCAGGUAGCUUAAAAAGCUUGGGGGCUGUUGAUUCCAGCGAUCGGAAAAAUGAGGUUCUUCUUAAAAUUGUUGCUGUGACUCAAUCUUCUUCAGGAGAUGCUACCGCAUGUGCCACAACUACUCUUCUUACUGAUGAGAUGAGUUCUAGAAAGAAACAACGUCUUGGGUGGGGUGAGGGCCUGGCGAAAUAUGAGAAAAAGAAAGUUGAUGUUAACACAAACGAAGAUGGAACGACAUUGUUGGAAAACAGUACAGAGGAACUGCAUUCUUUGAACAAAAAUAUUGUUGAUAAAAGUCCUACAGCAGCCAUUGUUCCAGAAUAUGGUUCCCCUACAACUCCAUCCUCUGUAGCUUGCAGUUCAUCACCAGAUAAAUCAUCUGCCAAAGCUGCUAUAACUGCUAGCGAUGUCAAUAACCUGUGCCGUUCACCUAGUCCCGUGUCUAGUACUCACCUUGAACGAUUUCCAAUCAAUAUCGAGGAGAUUGAUAACAUCUCAAUGGAGCGAUUUGGCUGUUUGCUCAAUGAGUUGCUUGGUACUGAUGAUUCUGGUACAGGGGAUUCCAGUUCUGUCCAAUUGACAUCAAUGAACAGAUUACUUGCCUGGAAAGGUGAUAUUUUGAAAGCUGUGGAGAUUACUGAAUCGGAAAUUGAUCUGCUUGAAAACAAACAUAAGACGCUAAUGCUUGAAGGUGGAAGACAAUGCCGUGUUGUUGGAUCCAGUUCACGCCUUUGUGAGGGAGAUGAAAAUGUGGCCAAUGAGCAGGAAGCUUCUUGUAUUUUGGGUCCUAAGGCAGCUGCUUCCUCUGUAUCUGAAACACUGGUGAGGGAUCCUGUUCAUCAGGCUGUUUUAGCCAAGGUUCCUGUUGAUGUUUUUGAGGAUUGUCCUGGAGAAGUCAAAUCUCUAUCCCAAUCUCUUGCCACAGUUGAAAGCAGUGAAGAUAUGUUGCCCAUACCGUCUAUGAAGGCAGCUGCUUCGUCUAAAGAGAUUAACAGAUCUGCUUUUGCCAAUCAGGAAACUAUUGAGCUUUCCUUUGCUGAUGAUAGCAUGGCCUCCAAUGAAGACGUGCUCUGCGCUAAGUUAUUAUCUUCCAAUAAGAAAUAUGCCAGUGAAUCAUCUGAAGUAUUUAACGAAUUGCUUCCACGAGAUUUCAGUUCGUUUGAUGGCUUAAGAUUUCCUGGCAUAUGUCAAAGGCAGUUUGAUUCUCAUGUCAACGAGAAAAUUGCUGAUAGGAUAGAGCUCUUGCGAGCUAGGGAGAAAAUUUUACUUCUUCAGUAUAAAGCGUUUCAGCUCGCAUGGAAGAAAGAUCUGCGUCAACUAGCCUUCUCAAAGUACCAACCGAAGUCUAACAAAAAAACAGAACUGUAUCCUAAUGCAAAAAAUAGUGGGUAUCUGAAGCUUCCCCAGCCUGCCCGCCUGAGAUUGUCUUCUUCUGCUCCAAGAAAGGAUAGUGUAGCCUCUACAACAGAGCUUGUAAGCUAUAUGGAAAAGCUACUUCAGGGUACCUGUCUAAAGCCUUUUAGAGACAUGUUGAGAAUGCCUGCGAUGAUUUUGGAUGAGAAAGAGAGGGCGAUGUCGAGGUUUAUCUCUAGCAAUGGACUGAUUGAAGAUCCAUGUGACGUUGAGAAGGAAAGAACAAUGAUUAAUCCUUGGACCUCAGAGGAGAAAGAGACUUUCCUGAAUAUGCUAGCAAUGCACGGGAAGGAUUUCAAGAAGAUUGCUUCAUAUCUUGCCCAAAAGACAACUGCGGACUGUAUUGAUUACUACUACAAAAACCACAAGUCUGAUUGUUUUGGGAAAAUAAAGAAGCAGCGUGCUUAUGGUAAAGAAGGGAAGCACACCUACAUGUUGGCGCCACGAAAAAAGUGGAAACGUGACAUGGGUGCUGCCUCUCUUGAUAUUUUAGGUGCCGUCUCCAUAAUAGCUGCAAACGCAGGAAAGGUGGCAUCAACCAGGCAGAUCCCUUCCAAAAGGAUCACCCUUAGAGGUUGCAGCAGUUCUAAUUCAUUGCAUCACGAUGGCAAUAACUCUGAAGGGUGCUCCUACAGUUUUGAUUUCCCUCGGAAGAGAACUCUUGGUGAAAAUGUUUUAGAUGUUGGCCCUUUGUCAUCGGAGCAGAUAAAUUCUUGCUUAAGGACUUCCGUGAACUCUUCAGAGAGGUGUAUUGAUCAUCUGAAGUUUGAUCAUGUUGUAAAAAAGCCUCGGAUAUCUCAUACUACACAUAAUGAGAACAGCAAUGAAGAAGAUGACUCAUGUUCAGAAGAGAGCUGCGGGGAAACGGGUCCUAUUCAUUGGACAGAUGAUGAGAGAUCUGCCUUUAUACAGGGAUUCUCGCUAUUUGGCAAGAAUUUUGCUUCAAUUUCGAGGUUCGUCAGGACAAGGUCUCAGGAUCAGUGUAGGGUUUUCUUUAGCAAAGUUCGGAAAUGCCUUGGGUUGGAAUGUAUACAGUCUGGAUCUGGAAAUAUAAGCACGUCUGCAAGUGUUGAUAAUGCCAAUGAGGGUGGUGGAAGCGACUUGGAAGAUCCUUGUGCUAUGGAGAGUAAUUCUGGCAUAUGUAGUAAUGGAGUCAGCGCCAAGAUGGGUUUGAAUUCACCUACCUCACCUUUUAACAUGAAUCAGGAGGGAACUAAUCAUUCAGACACUGCAAAUAUGAAAGCCGACCUCAGUAGAUCAGAACAAGAGAAUGGGCUGACAUAUUUGCGUCGGAAAGAUGAUACUAGUCUCGUGAACAAAGCAUCUAUAAAUGGGGAUUUCCCGGGUGUUGUUUCGGAACCUUGUAGAGAUUCAGUAGACAUUAAUACUGUUGAGAGCCAGUGUCAGGAUGCAGGGAAAAUUAAGAGCAAUGAUCUGUUGUCAAUGGAAAUAGAUGAAGGCAAUUUAACACCUGUCGCUGUAUCUUCUGAUCCCUUGUAUUGUGGCUCAAGCGUUCUUUCCAAUAUUAUUGUGGAGACUCCCACAGAAAGCUCACGCAAGGGCUCCGGAGGUCAAGGUGCUGCAUUGCCUAAACAAAGUUCAAAGAAUCAGGAUGGAGUGAUGCAGGCUGCAAACAAAACCAGAAAUUCUGGCCUUGAGGCUGAAGCUGCGCCUUCAAGUUUCAGUUAUCCUGAGUGUCUCCACCAUGUUCCGAUUGAGGUGUCGACGGAUGACCUUGUAGGUGUCAGUGUACCACAAGGAAAUCCCAAUUGCCAAACAGAGUCCGAGUUACCAAAUGCCCUUGCUGGACAAGUUGUCCAAACAAAUAACUUAGGUUGGCAGUUUUCUAAGGUCAAUCUGGAUUUGGAUGGGAAGAUUCGGGCUUUAGGCCAUGUUAACCCUGUGCAGAAUGGUCAAUUACGUGCUACUAAUGCGGAAUAUUCUCAAAUUGCCCAGAUAUUCACGCAAGAUCCGAGCAGGAUAAGUAGGUCAAAAUCUGAUUUGAUUGUGAAAACCCAACGCACAGGUGAAGGUUUCUCACUCAACAAGUGUACUAGUUCAGGUACUAAGCCUCUGACAGUGUACCAUAAAGAUGAAUCAUCUGGUCAUAGCAGGAGCCAUUCAUUUAGUUUGUGUGAUACUGAGAGGCUCGAUAUGAAUGGAGAUGUGAAGCUGUUUGGCACAGUCCUAACCGCUGAUGAGAAUAGAAGCAAGCAAAAACACAAUCCAGGCGGAAGUAUCAGGUCAUCAUCAACCUUGAGCAGGGACCAGGAUACAAGACACCAGUACAUUAAUCAGCAACACCUUCAGAAUGUUCCUAUUACGAGCUACGGUUUCUGGGAUGGCAACAGAAUUCAAACCGGGCUCACAUCUUUGCCAGAGUCUGCCAAGUUGCUUGCAAGUUGCCCUGAAGCAUUUGCCACGCAUCUGAAGCAGCAAGUUGUUAGUACCAAAGAGAUUCAGCUGGAUGUUAAUGGAAUUCUGAGCUUUGGGAAGCAUAUCGAAGAUAGAGCAGAGAUCUCGAGCGGUAAGGAUGAAGGUAACAUAGGAGGAGUAAAUGGCGUAGCAGAGGCAGCCACGUGAAUCAAAAGCUUGUUAGGAUCAUGAUUAGUUUGUUUUGGAGGAUUGGCAUAUUCUUUGUUUGUCAUCCUAUCUGUAUUAUAUCUCAUUUUAUUGUCAUUUUUUUCUUCUUAAUUUAGAAUGUCAGUUUAUAUAGGCAUUUUUUUUCUUUGGGUUCAACGUAAGUUAGGCGCCUGCAAAAAAAUUCAUAGCUGAUGUUUGUAUUUGUAAUGUUUCUGAUAAUAACAGAAAGAGCUAAGCUUAGCUCUCUGUAUGUUUUCCAAGGAGGAUAACACUUGAAGAAUCACA